CUUUAAUAUAUAAAAAAAAACUUAACAAAAAAAGAGAGUAAAAGAUAGGUCCCGAAUGGAGAAAACUGGAACAGUAAGUUCUAGUUUCAAAUCACUAGCAAGAGAACCGAAAUCUGGGAAAACAUGGAAGCUCAUCCGAACACCAGGCUAUCUUAGGAAGGCUUCCAACUAAAGAUCGGUUGGUGGGAUGGGAAAUCGCACAAGAUGUUACAUGUUUAUUAUGUCAAACCCGAGAUGAAUCACAUCAUCAUCUCUUCUUUUGCUGUGAUUAUAGCUUAUCGGUGUGGGCUUCUCUUGCGGGGCAGAAUCUGGGCAAAUCCACCUGAUAGCUUGACUGAUUGUAUCUCUUGGAUCCUUAAUCUCGAGCAUGAUCAUGGUCGGUGUCGUUCCCUGCAUGCACGGAUUCUACUCCAAAAUGUUGUGGAAGCAAUUUGGAAAGAACAGAAUAAUCGCCUAUUCCGAAACCUUGCUAAGCCGCCAUCAAUCCUCGGUACAAAGAUUAAUAAAGCUGUAAGAAACAUCCUUCUCCAUGAAGUCAUCCGGAGCCGAAGUUCCGUAUCAUCGCCUCUACAAGAUUGGUAUUACCUCGAGAGAUCUUCUUAAUAUUUCACAAAUAAUCUUUUGUAUGUUAUUCCCUUUGUCGGGAUUUUUGUAUACCAUUUGCCAUGGUUUUUUUGUAGAUUUUCGGAAGAUUACCGUUUUGUAAAUUAUUAUAUAUAAUAUAAUUCACAUUUUCAUCCAAAAAAAAUGAGAACCGAAAUCUAGUAUCGGAUGAUACAAUCCUAGAUCGAAAGUUCUCUAAAAGGUAAGAAAUGAUAAUCGAUGAAAAUCUCGAAAACCCCUUAACACCAUGCAAAUUAAACCUAUAAAUAGUCUCAAUAGAUAAGGACAAUCUAAACUCAAUCCAAACCUAGUUAAAAAACGUUAGAACAUGGUGGCAGAAGAUGCCAUAAAUAUAUGUGAUGAACGUGUUUGAUAAAACAGUGUGCUCAUGAUGUUCUCAUCGCUGAUGAAACUGGGCGCGAUGAUGAAGAAUCGUGACGAACUAGAAAAAUCGCAAUAGAAAAGGAAGUUUCUAUGGGUCAGUCACCGAUUGUUCGUGGAACAUAUUGACAGGGACAACAAUGCAUUUAUAUCAGUCGUGGGUGCAGCUUCUAAGACUGCAACUGCACCCCUGGCUGGUUUAAAAAGUUAUGGUGCAGAUUUGUUUGGGCCAAGGUGCUAGUGUGGGGCACAGGUUGAGAGCUCUGGCUAAAAGAAAUAUGGGUUCAAGAAGGCCCUCGUAUACAGCCGAGGAGGAAGAUGAUAGACCUUUCCGGAUUUACAGAAGAAGGAACAAGCGAGGACAUGUCGAAAGGCAUACAAGUGGUCAACAAGAGGAUCAUCAGAAGGAAGAACACAAAAACUCAGGAGGAAGAGGAGCGGAAUGAAGUACGGUGGCAGCUGAGAGUUGUUAUGAUUUUAUUUGUAUCCACAUUAAGGUUUUUAUGCCACCUCAUCAGUAGGUUGUUAAGAGAAUCAUAUAUAGCUACGUUAGGGUUGGGGGAUUUGGGGUUAUCGAUUAUUUUGAUAAUAGAUUUGGUUUGGGAGAGUUGAGCCUCUCGAAUAGCUCUGGACAUUGUAUUUCAGUGGAUGGAAAUACAAUUCUGAAUCUUAUUUGAUUACAAUACUCUACCAAAUUGGUAUCAGAGCGUCAGAUCCAGAAUGCCGCCAAAAGAUCAAAAAGAUCACAGGUUUGAGCAGUUGGAGGAGACGAUGCAUACUAGGUUGGGUGAGUUUGCUGAUUCUCUGGGAGAUCUGCAGGGUUCUGUGACUAACUUGCAGAAGGAGUGCAGCCAAAUUCCAGCAAUGAGGGAAAUACUGGAGAAACUGUGUUCCAUGCUUGAUCAAGGGGUUGGACCUUCAAAGGCAACUCCAGAUCCGAUGGCUUCAGCUGGUCUGUCGACGUGUGAUCAGCCCUUCGUACGAUUGGGAAAAGCUCCGAUGGAUGAUCAGAUGAGUCCACCGCCGCAGUCCCCGGUUGCGAUGGCUGAACCGGUGUUGGGAGACGUAGCACCGACACCCGAUUGUGCUCUGUUCAUGGCUGGUUCGGAGUUAGCAUUGAAGAAGAUAGAGAUGCCUGUCUUUGAAGGUGUUUUCGUUGCUGAUUGGGUUGCUCAAGCCGAACGCUAUUUUGCUAUGGGGAGAGUCGAUGAACAUGAGAAGAUUCAACUGGCACCGUCGGCGGCCGUUCUGAGGAUGGCCGGAUCUGCAAGCUCGCAUGUUGGCCCGUUUCGAUGCGAAGGUGGUAGGAAAGCCUAGUGAUCGUCUGUUCACCAUGAAACAACAUCGAUCUGUGCUGGAGUACUUGCAAAUUUUUGAAGAAUUGCUUUCUCAGUUGAAUGUCGUAUCAGAUGAUGUUCUAGAAAGUGCUUUCAAAAAUGGGCUUAAGCCCAAUCUGCGUAAUAUGGUGGAGGCCUUUAAGCCUCAAGGAAUUGAGCAUGCCAUUGAUCUAGUUCUACAUCUGGAACAUAACCCUCUGUGUUGGUUCGACUGGGGUUCGACAGUGGGACAAUAGAGUUCCAAAAUCGGGGUCAGGUCAUAAUUUUCGCACCGUGUCUCUUCCUACGGGGAAUGGGGGUUGGCAGAAUCGCAGUUCGUUGGGCCGUCAUGUUGAGAGCUCGUCGCCGAUUGGCGAAAACACAGCCGAUUCGGCUAUGAAAUCUGGAGUCCGCCGUAUCUAUGAUGCGGAGCUUGGCGAGAAGAGACGUAAGGGGCUCUGUUUUCGCUGUGAUGAGAAAUAUUCUUUUGGGCAUCGCUGUAAGAAUCGUGAACUACAAGUGAUUUUGGUGAAAGAGGAGGGGGAGUUUCUUCUCCCUGACGAUGAAGAUGACGAUUCUGGUGAGGUUAGGGAAGCUCAGCCAGAAGCGAAGGAGGUUGCAGAACUCUCUCUGAAUUCGAUUGUGGGCAUUACUUCACCAAAAACAUUGAAGGUGCAAGGAUCAAUAGGGGAACAGAAAGUCGUAGUUUUGAUAGAUUGUGGAGCUACCCAUAACUUCCUCUCGCUUGCCGUUCUUGACAAAUUGCAAUUGCCGACAGAUGCAACUUCUGGGUAUGGUGUGUCCUUGGGCAACAACUCUCUGAAACGAUGGAUUCAUAAACAAGAUUUGACUCUUUUCCUGUUUUCCUCUUCCUCAUCAC